AUGAAGUCUUCUUGCGGUACAAAGUUCGCGUUCUUGGUUCUCUUUCUCUUUGCAGCACAAUCUGUGUGCGUCUACGCCGGUAGCUUCCACAAAGACGUUCAGAUACAUUGGGGUGAUGGUCGUGGAAAGGUUCUCGACAAUGAAGGAAGACUUCUUUCUCUCUCCCUCGACAAAUCCUCCGGUUCCGGUUUUCAAUCCAACCAGGAGUUUCUCUAUGGCAGAGCCGAGGUUCAGAUGAAGCUUGUCCCUGGUAACUCUGCUGGAACAGUCACAACAUUCUACCUUAAAUCGCCGGGAACUACGUGGGAUGAGAUCGAUUUCGAGUUCUUGGGAAACCUUACUGGUCAUCCGUAUAUUCUCCAUACCAAUGUCUACACGAAAGGCUCAGGAGACAAAGAACAACAGUUUCAUCUAUGGUUUGACCCAACCGCUGGCUUUCACAGUUACUGCAUCACAUGGAAUCCCCAAAGGAUUAUUUUUACAGUUGAUGACAUUCCUAUUAGAGAGUUCAAGAACUCCGAGUCGAUUGGGAUUCCGUUCCCAAAAAACCAACCAAUGAGGCUCUACGCAAGUCUUUGGGAAGCUGAGCAUUGGGCUACAAGGGGAGGGUUAGAGAAAACAGAUUGGACAAAAGCUCCUUUCACCGCUUUCUACAGAAACUACAAUGUGGAGGGAUGUGUAUGGGCUAAUGGAAGAUCAUCUUGUCCUGCGAACUCAGCAUGGUUCACCAAAACACUCGACAAGGCAGGCAUGGAUGAAGUGAAGAGGGUGCAGGGUAAAUACAUGGUCUAUAACUAUUGCACCGAUAAGAAAAGGUUUCCUCAAGGUGUUCCUAGCGUGUGCACUUAA